AUGAAUAUACAGGGGCAGCACCUGUACAGGGAGGUUGACAAGAACGCUGAGCUGGUAGCCAGGUGGCACUACUGUGCUCUGAGCCAGGAGAAGCUGCGUCGCCCCAUCGUAGCCUGUGAGCUGGGCAGGUUGUAUAACAAAGAUGCCCUCAUUGAAUUUCUGCUGGACAAGUCACCUGAUAAAACCCCAAUAGAAGCUGCCUCCCAUAUCAAGAGCAUUAAGAACGUCACAGAACUAAACCUUGCAGAUAAUCCAGCUUGGAGUGGUGAUAAAGAGAGUAUAAAAGGUGACAAAUAUGAUGACAUCCAGUCUGCACGUUUCAUAUGCCCUGUGGUGGGACUGGAAAUGAAUGGAAGACACAGGUUUUGCUUCUUGAGAAACUGUGGCUGUGUGUUCUCUGAACGUGCUCUCAAGGAAGUUAAAGCAGAAGCUUGUCACAAGUGUGGUGUUCCCUUUCAAGAGGAAGAUGUCAUUGUUCUUAAUGGUACUAAAGAAGAUGUGGAAGUAUUGAAGAAAAGAAUGGAGGAUAGAAGACUUAAAAGUAAAUUAGAAAAGAAAUCAAAGAAAUGUAAGUCAGCAGAAUCAGCUUCUCAGCCAGACACCACUGAAGAUUCUCCAGGUCCAUCAAAGGCUACGAAUGGAAAGGAUUGUAUCAAUUCCAGUUCUGGGGAAAAGAGGCAGAUUAUCUUCACCAAAAGUUCAGAUAAUGGAAAUUCAUCUGUACCAGGAAAAGUCAAUAGGGUCAAUAAGGCUGCUUCUACUACUACCAAGAGAUCCAUUGCAGACAGCGAGGAGAAAUCUGAGGCAUACAAAUCUAUUUUUACAUCACACAGCUCAGCAAAACGUUCAAAGGAAGAGUGUUCCAAUUGGGUUACUCACACAGCAUACUAUUUCUGAAACAAUGAGGAGCCUGAUCCUAACAUUCAUCACUGCUUUCCUGCCCCAAGGCUUUUUCUGUACAACUCUGAUACAGAACUUCUGUUGUCAUCUGAUGUUAUCUGGAAUUAUUCAGUUUAUAAACUUGUGAAUAACUAAUAAACUUGUGUUACUUGCAACUUUUAUUAAAUAAGAAAUAGAUCACCAG